UAAUAUUAAGCAUUAAAAACAGUACAAAACAAAAAAAAAAUAACUAAAUAACAACAAUAAUACGUUAAACUCAACACUCAAUUAGAAUCUAAUCAGCCAACUUAUCAAAAAAAAAAAUUACGUACAACAAAAUAAAAGAAAUCGCAAUGUGAAUGGCAAAAACAUCACAGGUUGUACAGCUGGGAAUAUAUAGUAACGAUAUAUCUGGCCGGAGGAUAUAUUUGCCAGCUGGUCUGAUGAGAUUAAAGCGCAACCAGAAAUCCGCUGGGGACAAUAACUCAUUCAAAAUCGCGCACACAAUGUUGUGAUGGGGUGAAUGCAUCACCAUUUUCAAUCGCACUCCAAUAAUGCUAACGACGGCUCUCCAAUGUCCAGUUCUGAUGUUGAAACCUUCAAUGGCAAAAUAGUUUACAAUCUCGACGGCAGCGCGUUUAUAAUCGAUGCAGGCAAUGCGACGACUGCUCCUCCAGCUCCGCCCGGCGACCAUUUAACUACAAGCGGUGCCCGAACAACAUCAGCAUCCCCUUGUGAUAAAUUGAAAGGAGAGACAGUAUUUCUCAAAUCAGGACUAAGAAACAAACAGAGGAGCAACAAGGAAUCGGACGAGGGCUCGGGCGAGGAAGGAGUUGGAUUUGGAGAAGGUGCUUAUCAGUUGAGCCCAAAGAUCCAUUCCUUUCGUGUGGUCUCAGCCCAAGAUGCGUGCAAUCAAAUCCAGUUCCAGCAACAACAACAAAAGACAACAACAUCAUCAACCAAAACCGCAACAACA